AAAACAUUUUGAAAAAAAGAGUCAUACACGGAAUUGGGACUCAGAAAUUCUUAUCCUGUCCGUGAUAUGACUCGUGGAGAGCCUCAUGGUGUCAUGGCGGCUAGAUUGGUAUAGGUUGACGUAUUGAUGGCAUCUCAGCUGUGCUAUAUUAGAGCGGCCGAGGAAGUUGGAGUUAAAAUUCCCCUCCCGAUCCUUCUCCCUCCGAGCCUACCAUGGAUCCCAUGGACCCCAUGGCCAUAUACUCAGCUCCUCCCUCGAUGGAAUACUCCCAGGCGGGUAUGAACCUGUCGUCUGGUCCAUCCUGGAUCAGCCAUUUCAUGGGUUUCUCGUCGCUCUUCGGUCUAGGAGCGUUGUUCACCACACAUUCGUAUAUAUGGGAUAGCUUCAGGCUACUGGUGUUGGGGUCUAUAAUUGAAACGGGGCGCAGACUAUGCCAGUGGCUCAUGGAGCGUGUUCGGUUUCAAUAUUCCAUAACGGCCAGAUUUGACCAAGGGGAUCCUGCCUAUGAGUGGAUCGUUCUUUUUUUGACCCAAGAAAAAGUCUGGAAACGAUCUCGAGAUUUCCGAGUAACUGCAAAAAGCUCAAAGCGCGAGUGGUCUAUCGAAACAGGACCUGAAAGUGUACAAGGGAACGCAGAGUAUGUACCCGAAUAUGCCAAUCCCCAAUUAUUCCGGUGGGAAGGUUACUGGCUGGAAAUCAAGCGUACGAACGGGCCAUUUGCUGGUAAUCGUACGGCAGGCGGACCUCCGAGUGGUGGCACAAUAUAUGUAACUGUGUAUACAAUGGAGAUGAGCAUCCUGUCGAGACUCGUGGAAGAGGCACGACGUCAAUAUAUCAACGUCAGCAAGCCCAAUGUCAUCGUCCAUUCUACAGAAGCCGUGGUGAUGGGGCACAACUAUGGGAGAGGCGGCAUGUGGGCUGACGUGAAGCGGAAGCCUAAGCGCCCCUUGGAGUCCAUCAUUCUGCGGGAGGGUGUCUUACAAUCACUCAUACAGGACGCGCGGGAGUUCAUCGACUCCGAGCAGUGGUACAACAAGGCUGGAAUCCCACAUCGGAUGGGUAUCCUGCUCUAUGGUCCCCCGGGUACUGGCAAGAGUUCGACAAUUUACGCUUUGGCAGGCGAAUUGGGAUUCGAGAUAUACUCACUUUCAUUAGCGUCAAAUUACGUGGAUGACUCAUUCCUUCAACGCGCGGCCUCAGCCGUACCCAAGCAUUCCAUAUUUCUAAUUGAGGAUAUCGACUGUGCCUUCCCGUCCCGCGAAGAUCGAGAAGAGGACCUCUUGCAUAAUCAAUACAUCGCAUAUGACCCUUACUCCCAGCCUCCGCAUCGUCGACGGUCCCUCGUUACGCUUUCUGGAUUGUUAAACGUUAUCGACGGCGUAGGUAGCGAGGAAGGCAAAUUGUUUUUCGCUACGACAAAUUACAUUGACCGACUCGACGCCGCUCUCCUUCGGCCAGGACGCAUCGACCGGAAGGUUCCCUACUCCCUCGCGACGCGCGAGCAAGCUGAAGCUCUUUAUACACGAUUUUUCCCUGAAAGCCGCUUACCGGACCUUGGCAUCAUGGUCGAGAAGGGAGACUCGAUAGAACAGUAUGCCAGGAACUUCGCGGAUCAAAUUCCCUCUGAUGAGUUCUCCACGGCCGAGCUACAGGGAUACCUACUAGCUCAUAAGAAAGAACCUAGGCAGGCUGUGGAUGACGUUAACUCUUGGAUUGAGAGAGAAAGGCAGGAGCGGAGGGAGAAACGAGAGAGAGAAGCUAAACGCUUAGAGAAGAUGCGAGAGCAGGUCAAAAAGCGUUCCAAUAUGUAUUCUCCUAUGCCCGUCGUCCCUACGAUGGCACCUGUGAUAGAGAGUGAUUUUUGAUGUCUUGAUAUCUCAUGAUAUGUAUUCAUUUAGUUGCUAAUAGCUCCUUUGACGAUUGCUUAUACCGGCAGCGUGCCUGAGAGAACUUUAACAGAUUUGAAGGAGAAUGAUAGUUGGACAUCAUUAAAUGGUAACACCAGUUCAUUGCCACAGAUAGUAAGAGAUGUUUAUUAGAAGCGGGAAUAGUAUACAUGCCAUUCAUGUCUUGAUGCAAGUUUAUUCGCAGGUGAUAUAAUGAGUGAUGAACGAACCGAAGGGGGAACGGCUGCCAAGUAUAAUACAUAUUUCUUC